AUGGAUGAAGAAGAAUUCAUGCGUCAGCCAGAUGGCUAUGAAGACGUAUCUGAGUCAAAUUUGGAAUGUUUACUGCAACGCGCUAAAUAUGGUACCAAACAGGCCGCGCGGGCAUAUCCAGCGGCUGUGUCGCGUGGUGUGGAAAUUUUGCUCUCGAUCUUUCCUAAAUGGGAGAGGGAGACACUGCAAGUCAUGCUGGAGGUCAAUCAAUUUAUCAUGGAAGACACAAUAGCGGCAGUACUCAACAUGGAGCAAACCGAGGGAGGCGAAGAGGUACAACAAGAUGCUGUCAAACCGAUAAAGAACCCACUGCCCAAAGACUUUUUGAGGCUGCCAGAUGAUAUUGGAAAUGGUGAUGUAGUUCAAGCUGCAUCGUCAGCCCAAGGCCUUGCCGGAGACGAUGAGGAAGAGUGUGAAGACAGUGAAAAGGAAGAUGAAAGCGAAGCAGAAGAAAAAUGCGACGGAUUAUUAAGCGAUGUUGAACACAAUUUAUCGAGCAGGUCGGAAAACACGUUAGCGGAGGAUGACGGCACACUCUACGGGAAGGAGUUUGACGACGCGGCUUCUACCGAUGAGGUGAUUGCUCCCAUGCUUGAUCAUGCUGCAAUCUUGGCUAAACAGAAGAUUGUAGCCGAUUCAAUGAACCAAAAGUUUCUUCCAGUGGAGCUUCGUAAUGAGCGCUUAAGUAUUUUUGAUGUUGCUCACAUUGAUGUUAUUAAGAAGAGCAAGUUAAAUCUAUCGGAAGCAGAAAAGCGCAUUCGCCAUCGGGAGCCGCAUCUGAUGUUUGAGUUGCUAACGAAAGCCAGUGAAAUUUAUCGCAGCGGUGUAAUUUCGAGCCACGAGCUUGACUACCUGCGCUCGAUGAUCUUGUGCAGGAUCCAACCGACCAAAAUGCUUAUGGACACGACAAUAAACAUGAAUAGCAUGAUGUCAGAUCACGAAUGGCAUUUGCUUAUCUUAAAGGCAAAAGGAAUUCGUCAUGCGUUGUCCAUCCGAAUUUUUCGCGAAGAAAGUAAACCGGCCCGUAACAGUGGCCAUAUGGAAUACAUUGUCCGUGUAGUUGAUGUGGAGAGCGGUGUCGUAUGGUUUACUCGAAAACGCUUUCGCGAAUUUUAUAAACUCUACCGCAAACUAAGCCGUCUAUCUACCAAGCUAAAUGAUUGUGUUUUCCCGACUCGCCGUGGACACGGCAGAAACUCCCCUAAUCAGCUUGCGUACGAUCGCGCCCCUGUGCUAGAAAAUUUUUUGCGCACCACUGCAGCACUUGUGGCUCCAUCGCCGCUUACUUUUUUGCAUGGGGUCGCGCUUAAACAACUUCAACAGUUUCUAGAUGUACCUCACGUUGGCAUUCUCGAGCGAAAUCGCACGCAGCCUAUCUUGCGUGAACUUCGCGUAUUUGUGUACCACACUGUGAAUGACUUCGCGUCUCCUGAGGGUAAAGCUUGUGAAAAGUUUCUUGCUAAAGUGAAGCGGAAUGGUUUUAAAACCGAAAAAAAAGUAUUGGAUGGAAUUGGCGAGAUCUUGGACGGUGUUCAGGAGUAUAUGCUAGAUCACCGAUUCGCGGAAAUGGAGCUAAUGGUUCAACGGUUGAUGAAGCAAUUACUAACUGAUCAUAGCGGCAGCCCAGAGAUAGGCCGACACAGCUCGUUUGUGAGUCUAAUGACAAAUGAUGCUGUCAGCAAGCAGGACAGGUUGCACCAAUUAUUGUCGGAUGCGAUUCGGCAUGAGCUGGAAGACCGUAUAUGCGUGCCUUUGAUGUGGGAUUUAACGCAGUAUCUUCGUCAGCAUGUGCGUCAUGAAGAGCGUCAACUUCGUACGCGCGUAUUUCAGCUCAAAGGAAAACCUCAAAGCUACUUUGGUGUUCCAAUGGAUAAAAUCUCGUUGAGUAGUUGGCGAUCCGUCGUGAAUGUCAUCAAGGAGAUAGACGAAGCGUUUUUACCAUCUGACAAGAUGCGAAAGCUAGUGGCUACUGCUCAUCAGAUUCACGCGCUGUACAAAAGUGAACGUGCAACAUACUCGAAAACGCCGCCACAUCACCGCCGACGGAACUCAACGCCGAUGGCCGGCUCGUUGUUGCAGCCUCAAACUUCCCCGAUAUCAACGAAUCGGAUGGUAUCGCCCUCGAGUAGCGGCUCCCACAGAUCGUCACGGGGCCUGACUGUUGGAGAUGAAUCCGAGGCUUCCUCUGAAAGCAAUACAGGCGUCCAAGAUAAAAUCUACGAUCAGGAGGGGGCAAAGCGUGAAGUAUUUACGAAGAUACAGGAAGAGGUAGUGCUGAGUGGUGACGACUUCCUGCCCAUAUUUAUUUACGUCAUCGUCCACAGUGACCUUGAGGCCCCGAUUCUCACACAAGUACUGCUCAAUCGUUUAUGCGAUCCUGAAAAGCGACAGAGUGAGUCCGGUUAUUACCUUGCGACAUUUGAGGCCGCGCUGCACCACAUCUUGUCAUUGGAGCUACCUGGCGUUAAGGGUGACGAUGGCUUGUAG